CAUAUUACCGCUUGGUGUGGUUUGCAAAUUGAUUUCUGUACCUGCCAACAGGUGGCAUUAUCGUAGACGUCAGGGGGACUUUUGAAUUCGAAACAUAAACAAAUCGGUGUACACAAUAACUACACAGAAUAUGAGAAGCAGAAGGCAUAGUGUGGCAAUGCAUUGCCCCGUCAGUUGCAGUUUUGGGUUGUACAGUGCAAUACUUAUUAUUUUUGCAUUCAUUAGUGCAGAAGAACUUACCGAUCCUCAAAGUUUGAGAGAUCCUACGGUUGUCAUCGCAAUUCUAGUUCGAAAUAAAGCUCAUACAUUGCCUUACUUUCUGACGCUCCUAGAGAGGUUAGAAUACCCAAAAGACAGGAUAUCAUUGUGGAUAAGAAGCGACCACAAUGAAGAUUCAUCCCUGGAAAUACUAAAGAAGUGGCUGACAACUGUUGAAAAUGACUACCAUUCUAUAAGUGCUGAGCUGUUGUCAUCACCACCCGACCGCUUGCCAGGGGAGAACAGUUCUGUUGCAUGGUCUAAACAAAGAUUUACUCAUGUUAUUCAACUGAGAGAAGAAGCACUAAUGGUAGCGAGAUAUGUGUGGGCAGAUUAUGUUUGGUUUCUGGACUGUGAUGUGUUUCUGACAAAUCCAAAUACACUCCAGCUGCUUGUGCAGGAAAAUCUCACUGUAGCAGCCCCAAUGCUCAGAUCUGAUGGAAUGUAUUCAAACUUCUGGGCUGGUAUGACAGAGGAGUAUUAUUAUCAGCGAACAGAGGAUUACCAGCCUAUACUGUACCGGGAACGUACUGGCUGCUUUUCGGUCCCAAUGGUAAAUUCUGCAACACUGAUAAAUCUAAAGAGAACAGCUUCCACAAAAUUGACAUUCGUGCAGAAUAAAAUUCCUGCUUAUGAUGGACCAUAUGAUGACAUUAUUACCUUUGCCAUUGGAGCAAACAAAUCAGGAAUUCCACUUCAUAUUUGCAACACAGAACCAUUUGGGUACAUCAGUAUACCACUUGGAGAUGAAGCAAAGCUUGAGGAUGAUUUUCUCCAGAUAACUAAUGUAAAGGUGUCAGCAAUUGCUGACGGUGCUGACUUUCCAAUAAAUGACAUUUUUCUGGACUACCUUAUUUACCCAGUGCCAGAUGCAAUGGGCUUUGAUGAAGUUUAUAUGAUCAAUUUACAAAGACGCCCAGAAAGGAGGAAAAAGAUGCUGAAAUGUUUCCAGGAAUUAGGUAUUGCAGCAAGUAUCAUUGACGCUGUCGACGGAAAACAGCUUACCGAUGAGUCCUUGAAGGAGAUAGACGUCCGUUUUCUGCCAGCUUAUGAAGAUCCUUACCACAAGAGGCCAAUGACGAUGGGAGAAGUGGGAUGCUUCCUCAGCCACUACCUCAUAUGGAAAACGGUGUUGAAAGGUGGUUACGAGAAAGUCAUGGUGCUAGAGGAUGACAUUCGCUUCGAAUCGUAUUUUCGUCAUCGUGUGGCGAACAUCAUGCGGGAUUUGGAGGAAGAAGACAUCGAAUGGGACCUCAUAUACCUGGGACGCAAGAGGAUGCAGGAAGCCGAGGAGCCGUUUGUGGAUGGCAGUGACAACCUGGUGAAGGCCAGCUACUCCUACUGGACGCUGGGGUACCUGCUGAGCCGGCAGGGCGCCCGGAAGCUGGUGGACGCCAAGCCGCUCGACAAGCUCAUGCCCGUGGACGAGUACCUGCCCGUCAUGUUCGACAAGCACCCCAAUGAUACAUGGAAGGAAUACUUCCCAAAUCGAAACCUGAUAGCAUUUUCAGCUGAGCCUCUGCUUGUCUACCCAACACACUACACUGGCGAAGAAGGUUAUAUUAGUGACACAGAGGAUUCUACAGUAGUGAAGGAACCAGAGAAGCAUUAUCAUGUUACAGGAGAAGAGCUGUAAACGAGUUCCAUUAUAGAAAGAUAGUAUCCUGUCAUUUUACAGAUUUCAUAUAGUCAGACCUCAACAUUUAUGUAAGGAAUAAAAUUUUCAUUAUAUCACUACUGACCAGCUACACUGUUGUUUACAAAAAUGUAUGGUUCGUCUGUCAUCAUGACACUGUAGUGAAUGAUUUUACUAGAAAAGAGAAUAUAUAUACAUAUAUACACUUCACAGGUUACAGAUUUUUUUUAUCAUAAAAUUAAUGCAUAGAUCUGUUGAAAGACUUUCGUGUCCUCACUCUCCUUUCACUAAUUCUAAUAAAAUAUACUGAACUGUAACAGAUAUUAAAAAUUCACAUUUUUCUUUUGCUGACAAACCUUGCUUCAUUUCAUUUCUAUACAACACAUUUCAAAAUUGUAGUUGGUCAGCUCAGUGAAACAUAAAGUUUAGAAUUAUUAAACAUGAUCGGUCUCUUAGCAGGGAGUUUAACAUUAUUACUACAUGAGGAGAAAAGAGAGAGAUUGAAACUAUAAAAGUAAUGUUUACAGAACUGUGUUUUAAUAUUAUUAAUAAUGGUCACAUUGGGGACAUUCAGAUUAAGAAACUUUACAAUGAAAAGGGCAUGAGUAAAGACUAGGUAUUCAUAAAAACUUGGAAAGGUCAUGUUGAUCUUCAUAUGUCCAAAGUAAAAUGUAUAAUAUUGCCACCAGAUAUAAUACAAAAGUUUUGUGACUGAAUGUGGCUGAAAUUCUUACUGUUAGUCUGUCACUAAUAAGCUGACAAAAUUAAAGUUCUUUCAGUGAACAGAUGUUGCGUAUUAUAAGUGAAAAUUUAAUGACACCAUAGACUUCACUCAAAAUGCUGUUACAGCUUUGGAAGUGCUUGGUACUGUAAUAAGAAGAAUUUUAAUACUAUUAUCUCCAAGACUGAGCUUUUUAAGUAGGGCAUAUCAUUUUCUUAUACAGAUCUUUUUUUUUUUUUU